AUGGGUCCGUCUGCAAUGGCGGAAACAUGGGUUCCAGGUACAGACGGAGGUCUUAGUCCAACACAGAAUCCGGCACCCCCACAAGAAGUUGCCGGAGUGGGCAAAGACGCUCCAAAGAUGAGCUGUCUGCCAUGGUGCGCGAGCCUUCCGCCCGUCUAGGUCUUCUCCCAGCAAUCUCUUGCUCACGUUCAGCCCAUUACACGCGCAGCCGAAAACGCAAGUCGAAAUGUGAUCGCAACGCUGUGCGUACGUGCGGCUGGAGCGCGGAGCGAGUCAUCCCCCCGUCUUCUCACUUUAGCUCCCUCCUACUCUUGCAGCCUUGCUCGUCUUGCGUCUUGCGCGGCUCAGAGUACCUUUGUUACACCUGCGAUGAGCUUCCCGAAGGGGCACCGACGACCGGCAGGAACAAAGGGACAUCGCGCCCAUCUGCUGGACAGCGCGCCAUCAGCAACGUCUCGCCGGCUGGGUCGUUAGUGACACGAAAGAACGAGUAUGACAGCGCUGGCACCGGGGCUCUCUACGGAGGCGCAAAGCGCAAGCGAAAAUCUUCGAGCGCGCUUUCUCCCCGGAUAGACGCACAACGAUGCCAUGCGGCAAGUGCGGAACCGCAGGGGCGUACAAGUUUGCCGUCUGGUAGCCCGCAACAGUCAGAGGCGAUCCUUGCCGGUCGACUUCAAGCACAAGAGGUGCUCAAUGCCCAACUCACGUCGGAGGUCGCCACUUUGCGUCAGCUCGAGUGCGAGCGCAGAGUUCUUUUCGAAGCAGAUGCGGUAUCGCACCGUGACAUUGCUCAUCUGCUGCCCGACCCGCUCGAGACCAUGACGGUCUGUGCCAAGGUAAUUUACAGACACAUGUGGUCCAUACCUGGCAUUCACUGGCGAUCCUUUCAGACCACUCUCGAGGCCCUUGUCUUAUACGACAAGCCCGUGCCGCCACUCUUCGUCGCUUGUCUUUUUGCGACCAUCAGUAUGUCGAGAUACCUGCCAUCCUCACAAGGCGUUCAAGCAGAUUUGCUGCCGCGUCAGUAUCCUCAGUACGCGGAUCUCGCGGGACAAAUACUCGAUCGACGUCUAGGCAGCGUCACGACGUCGGCCGACAACCUUUUCCAGCGCUUGCAAACCGAGACGAUCUUGGUGAUGUAUCAUGGCGUACACUCGGAACGAAGCGACAUUGCGUCGGCAUACUUUCGCCUAGGCAACGCUUUGCGCUGCGCGAGCGCUUUGCGCCUCUUCAAUGAGACGAAGUGGCUCCGACCGGUCAGGUGAGUGGCUAUACUUCUUGUCGUGCCAGGUUGUGUCAGAUUUUACCGUCGCCCCGCCCUUCGCAGCCCGUUUAAGACUGAAAUGUACCGACGUGCGGCAUGGCAGUUGUUUGCCUGGGAUCGUUGUGAGUAAGGAACGCAUUCCGCAAGCGCUCGUGCAGGCUCACAGCGAUUCCAGUGCUUUGGCCCAGGGUUCGCUCUUCGCCAGCGACGACCUUGCGACAUCAGCGCCGAGUCUUUCAAGGUUUGCAGAGUGCGUUGCUGAUCUUCAUGGAGCUCAAGCGCAAUGCCCAGUGCUGAUCGCGGAAGCCGCACUGCUCCUCAGGCCGAAUACCUGCCAGACGAUCGGUACGACGUCCACACCGGUGCUGUGCUCCCUGUUCGGCCACUAAACGAGGUUUCCAACGACAUUGCAAACGUGUUCAUGCAUGACUAUCAGGUCGCCAUGCAUGGAAGCUCGAACGUCGUGUCGAAAAUCCUCAGCUUCGUACACGUCAUGGCGGAGCUCCCCGCUGGCGAACGUUAUUCCAAAGCCAUGUCGCUCGACGAAGAGUGCGUCAAAGUUCGAACUGAGCUGCCCGAGUACUUUCGCUUUGACAAUGUGCAAAGAGGUAGAGCGCUAGGCGAUCCAACCGUGCUGCGCUUGGUCACGCCUGCACUUAUGAUGGAGAGCCAGAACCAGUAUGCACGCAACGUCCUCCUACGACCAUUCUUGACGGAUAGAGCUGCACCCGUUCGACUUCGCAUCGGAGCCCUCGACUCGGCUGGUGCUGUCACGAAGAUGCUACCAAUGAUGUGAGCACCUUCGUCUCGAAGCCUUCGCCUCACUUGCCGAUGCAGCCACAAUUCCCCUGCGUACAGGAAAGACUUUAGUCUCGAUCACCACCGCAAUGUCCCCCUACUGCUUCAUUGUCAGGAACUCUACUCUGGUGAGCCUGAGAGAUGCAUGCCGAAACGACUCGCGCGCACUAAAGGUUCGCGCUUUUUGCAGCUGCCACUACUUUCAUCGCUCUGCUGGUUCAAGAUGAUGGAGACGAUCCAGUUUUGGAUAGCUUUGACAAGUCUUGGUCAUUGGAACAAGUUCGUGAGGUGAGCAAAGACGCGCCUCUGCCCAGAGGACGCCGAAACGGAGGGCUGACGCGAAGACCUUGUGCGGAAGAUUCUCAAACUUUUCGAGGAGCGAGCGCCUCACAACGAGCUUGCCGCUGUUGGUGAGUCAUUCGCUUAACCGACAUGGGCUGUAUCGACUAGCACUUUGAUGUCGCGCUUGUUCUCGCAGGUUACAAAUUGUUGGAUGCUCUUUGCAAGUCCAAACCGAAGCUGAGGAAGCGUGGGUAGACUCGACCACUCUCAUCAGCUAAACCGUGUCCCUGACUCGUUGGGAGUCGUUCGACCAGUCAUGAAUCUUGUUUCAUCAGUACCGGAGUCCUCUCACGCUCAAGCUCGACCUCAAGCUAGUAGGGGGCCUGUCGAUGCUGCCGACGAAGACGCAAUGCUUGCGGCUCUCUCCCAUGGCGACAUCAUUCCUCAGGUAAGCAGUUUGAUGUAGGUCCCCUAUCGGUUGCGGCUCAAGGCUACAAUUUUGGCACAUGACAGACUUCGACGAACGUGCGGCCACCGACUCGGCAUGAAUUCACUCCUUACGUUCUUCCUGGAAAUGUCGAUGACUGGCUUUGGAGACAAGGUCCUUCGCAGCUCGACGUCAUCUUCUCCCAGGUCCGCGGAUCAAUGCGCGAAGGGCAAGAACCCUGGAUAGACUCUUUCGGUCUCGAAGAGUGUAUGCUUCUUCCAGAAUCAUUUGACAGCAUUACUCGAGAGCUCGACUUGAACAUCUCUUCCGACCCAGCAUUCGCAGGCAUGGACCGCAAUCCCAUCACGUCUUCGAACGAUGUCGCCCUUGCGACUCAGACAGAAAACGGUCGUGGGCUGCAUUCGGGCAGCAGUGCUACUCAAUUUCCCCUUCUGCCACUACCGCAAUCUGCACCCCCGUCUGCUGUUUUGGUGCACCCAGAUCAAGCCGCACUGCCGAUGCUGCAAUCCCCUCAACACUGCUUUGUUCCUCUCACUGAUAAUGCCCUGCAACUCUCGCCAAAUACUCAGUACCGCCAUCCUCUGACACAUGAUACAUGUGCACUCCCGCCCCUCCCACACCUGGAGUGGAGACCAAGUGGUGACAACUCCAACACUGGCUGGGAGCAGCACAAGACGCCAACGCCUCACGCGCCUCACGCGCCAGCUUCGCCCGAACAACACUUUGGGCCUUAG